CUCCUAUCAUAAACAGAUGGAUGGAACUGAUGUUGAUAUAUUUGUGUUGGGUUUGUUGAGUGACAGUCAGUCGGACAGAGGUUGCAGUGGAGUUCCUCAGAGAAUUGUUUUAGGUCCUGUCAUUUUUUUUCUGUAUGAUCAGUGUUUUGCAUAAAGCAAGAGUGGUUAGUGUGUCUGCCUCACAGUCCUGUUGUUAGGUGGACAAGUUUUAGCUAUGGACUUCCUGUGUGACCUUUGGCACAUUCUCUCCAUUUUUCAUGAAUAACUCUCAAUCAUCCAUGAGUGAGAAUGCUUCUUUGUCUACAUGCUCCCUUCAAUUGAACAAAGGAUCCCUUCAGUUCGAGGAUAAAUGGGACCUGAUGCGUCCCAUCGUACUAAAGCUGUUAAGGCAAGAGUCGGUCACCAAGCAGCAGUGGUUCGACCUUUUCUCAGACGUCCACGCUGUCUGCCUGUGGGAUGACAAAGGUCCCGCCAAGAUCCACCAAGCCCUUAAAGAGGACAUCCUAGAGUUCAUCAAACAAGCACAAGCACGGGUGCUGAGUCACCAGGAUGACACGGCCCUGCUGAAGGCCUACAUCGUAGAGUGGCGCAAGUUCUUCACGCAAUGCGACAUUUUGCCCAAGCCAUUCUGCCAGUUGGAGAUCACACUGAUGGGCAAGCAGGGCAGCAACAAGAAGUCCAACAUGGAGGACAGCAUCGUCCGGAAGCUGAUGUUGGACACGUGGAACGAGUCUAUCUUCUCCAACAUUAAGAACAGGUUACAAGACAGCGCAAUGAAGCUGGUCCAUGCCGAGCGGCUGGGGGAAGCCUUCGAUUCGCAGUUGGUCAUCGGAGUGCGAGAGUCCUACGUGAACUUGUGCUCAAACCCCGAGGACAAGCUGCAGAUCUACAGGGAUAACUUUGAAAAAGCCUACAUGGAUUCCACUGAGCGCUUCUACAGAACGCAGGCGCCCGCCUACCUCCAACAAAACGGCGUCCAGAACUACAUGAAAUAUGCUGAUUCCAAGCUGAGGGAAGAGGAGAAACGUGCACUACGAUAUCUGGAGACAAGGCGUGACUGCAACUCUGUACAAGCAUUAAUGGAGUGUUGCGUCAACGCUCUGGUAACGUCCUUCAAGGAGACCAUCUUAGCCGAGUGUCCGGGCAUGAUCAAGAGGAAUGAAACAGAAAAGCUGCACCUGAUGUUCUCGCUGAUGGACAAAGUGCCGAGCGGCAUCGAGCCCAUGCUUAAGGACCUGGAGGAACACAUCAUGAGCGCCGGCCUUGCAGACAUGGUGGCCUCCGCCGAGACCAUCACCUCUGACUCUGAGAAGUAUGUGGAGCAACUGCUCACGUUGUUCAACCGCUUCAGUCGGCUGGUGAAAGAAGCCUUCCAGGACGACCCUCGUUUCCUCACCGCCAGAGAUAAAGCCUAUAAAGCCGUCGUCAACGAUGCCACUAUAUUUAAAUUAGAACUUCCCAUGAAACAGAAAGGUGUGGGCUUGAAAACACAACCUGAGUCGAAGUGUCCAGAGCUGCUGGCCAACUACUGCGACAUGCUGCUCAGGAAGACUCCACUCAGCAAGAAGCUCACGUCGGAAGAGAUUGAGGCCAAACUCAAGGAAGUGUUGUUGGUUCUGAAGUACGUCCAGAACAAAGACGUGUUCAUGCGCUACCACAAGGCCCACCUGACCCGCCGCCUCAUCCUGGACAUCUCGGCAGACAGCGAAAUUGAGGAGAACAUGGUCGAGUGGCUCAGGGAAGUGGGAAUGCCGGCGGACUACGUCAACAAGCUGGCCAGGAUGUUUCAGGACAUUAAAGUGUCUGAGGACCUCAAUCAGUCUUUCAAAGAAAUGCAUAAACACAACAAGCUGGCUCUACCAGCUGACUCGGUCAACAUCAAGAUCCUGAAUGCUGGCGCUUGGUCACGGAGCAGCGAGAAAGUGUUUGUCUCGCUGCCCACGGAGCUGGAGGACUUGAUCCCGGAGGUGGAAGACUUCUACAAGAAGAACCACAGCGGACGCAAAUUACAUUGGCAUCACCUCAUGUCCAACGGCAUUAUCACCUUCAAGAACGAAGUGGGCCAGUUUGACCUGGAGGUGACGACCUUCCAGCUAGCUGUGCUCUUUGCCUGGAACCAGAGACCCCGGGAGAGGAUCAGCUUCGAGAACCUCAAACUCGCCACCGAGUUGCCCGACGCAGAGCUGCGACGCACACUCUGGUCCCUGGUGGCGUUUCCCAAGCUCAAGCGGCAGGUGCUGUCCUAUGACCCCGCGGUGUCGUCGCCCAAAGACUUUGCCGAAGGAACGUUAUUCUAUGUCAAUCAAGAGUUUUCUCUUAUAAAAAAUUCAAAAGUUCAGAAACGGGGAAAGAUCAACCUGAUCGGCCGACUGCAGCUCACCACAGAGAGAAUGCGAGAAGAGGAGAACGAGGGCAUCGUCCAGCUCAGGAUACUCCGAACACAGGAGGCCAUCAUCCAGAUCAUGAAAAUGAGGAAACGCAUCAACAAUGCCCAGCUACAAACAGAGCUGGUAGAGAUCUUAAAGAACAUGUUUUUACCACAGAAGAAGAUGAUCAAGGAGCAGAUUGAGUGGCUAAUCGACCACAAAUACAUCAAGCGGGACGAGGCCGACAUAAACACCUUCAUCUACAUGGCAUAGCACAACGGUUUGGACUUUUGGCUUUUUUUUUUGCCCCUUCUCAAUCGGGCCUGAUGGACGCU